CUCUGGUGUGUGCAGAUAGCCUACUUUCUCUUCUUGUGGAAAUAUGGCAACAACUGACUCAACCUUCGACGCAAACACAGACAAUUAUUUCAACUAUGACUACGAUGAGUACGAUGAGGAUGGAGAUGAAAUGUGCAACAAAACAAGCGUCAUACAGUUUGGAGCGAUCUUCACUACAGUGCUCUUCUCCAUCGUGGUCAUCCUCAGUCUGUUUGGCAACAUCUUGGUCAUUGUGAUUCUGGCCAAGUAUGAGAAUGUCAAAUCCCUCACCAACACUUUCAUCCUGAACCUGGCUGUAUCGGAUCUCUUCUUCACCGCAGGUCUGCCCUUCUGGGUCUACGAUCAUAUGUAUGGAUGGACUUUAGGGGAACAUACAUGCAAAAUGGUCAUCUUUGUCUUCUACGUUGGUUUCUAUAGCAGUGGUAUCCUCCUCAUACUGAUGACUGCCCACCGUUAUGUAGCUGUCAUGAAUCCUCUGUCUGACAUUGUGUCCACCACAGGCACCUACAGCGUCAUAACAUGUGUGAUCAUUUGGGCUGUGAGUACAUUGGUUGCCAGUCCAGCCUUCAUUUCCACCGGAGUGAACCAGAAACAUUGUGGACAUGCAGAUUCUUACUGGAAGUUAUGGGGAAUCUAUCAGCAAAAUGUUCUCUUCAUAUUGAGUUCAGUGGUGUUCAUUUUUUGCUAUUCACAGAUCAUGUGCAGGUUGCUGCGUCCUACCGCACAAAGAAGAAAGAACAAAACUUUAAAACUCAUUUUUACACUCACGGUUGUUUUCUUUGUGGGCUGGGCGCCUUACAAUAUAGUGAUAUUUCUAAAGUCGUUGUCUUUCGGGCGCCAAACAACCGUCGACUCAAAGACUUUGGCUGAAAUGUGUGAAGCAUCAAAACCACUGGAUUACGCCUUUUACAUCAGCCGACUUCUUGCCUUUUCACACUGCUGCCUCAACCCUGUGUUUUAUGUGUUUGUGGGGGUUAAAUUCAAAAACCACUUGAAGAAAAUGCUGAAAGGCUGGGGUCACAGGAACAGCGGCAUCCGCAACAGGCAAAGCCGACUCACUAUCACAUCGCUAACAAGUGGUGAAGAGUUUUCGAUGUAGUUGAUACAGAGAGCUGAAAUGAAACCAGAAAUACCGGGUUCUAAGAAAGAAGUGUCACGCAAAUUCUGUCAAACCACGAAAAGUAAACACAAAAUAAGUUGGAUGAAAAAAAUGCCGAAUGAGACAUUGCAUUGACUUUGAACAGACGCUAGCCUGGAGAUGUUUCUUUGCAUGCUAACAUUUACUAAUUGGUACUAAACACAGCUGAAAAGGCUAAUCUAAGACAGUGAACAUAAUAAGCAUCAUACCUGCUAAACAUCAGCAUGUUAGCAUGGUCAUAGUGAGCAUGACGUUAGCAUUUACCUCAAAGUCUAACAGAGCCACUAGCAUGGCUGAUUAUAUUAUUCACUCAGUAGGCCUACCCUGCAUAGUGGUCAAACUACAAUAAGUUCCUUAAUAGCUGACAUAAACGCUGCAGCCUCUUUAUUAGGUACAGCUGUACACCUGCUCGUUAAUCAAAGUAAAUAUGAAAUCAGUCGAUGAUGCAGGCAUAAAAGCAUGCCGACAUGGUCAAGAGGUUCAGUUGUUCAGACGUCAGAAUGAGGAACAAACGUGAUCUAUGUGACUUUCUGUGAUAAAGUGAUAUGUACUGUACAAUAUUUCAUGCACAAUUGUAUCCGAUAUUCCCCUCAUAGUUUCCAAUCAAACUGUGCUGUUAUAUGUUUCUAUCCUUGCCCUAUAUUAUACGUACUGUAUGUGAAUGCAAGCUGAUAAAUUGAUAAUACAUUGCAUUAGAGAAAAUAUAACUAUGUGAUUCACUUUGAUUAACUGCAUUUUACUUUUAUGUUUUCACAUCAAUCAUUUAAAUCAAUUCUUCCAUAUUUUCCCGUUCAACACUUGUAGGAGUCAUGCAAGUGAAAGUGUUUAUUUUCACAUUAUGAUGAUGUCAUCAUCAUUAUUUUUUGCUGUACAUCUACAUAUUUAC